CCAGGCUGUCAGAAGCCACAGCUUACUCUCAAUGGGGCAUCAGGAAGAGUGCCAAUGAGACGGCCUCUGGGCAAAAUGGGAAACCACUGAUUGGUGAUUGUAUUGGAGAGAGCAAGACACUUUAUUCAGUUAGGAGUUAGACAGAGACUGUGGCCAUCCAUGGCUGAUCCACUUGUAGCACUGGCGUGUGGACUGUCUGGAGCAUUUCUGUUCCUGUUGCUGUUCGGCCUAUCAGUCUAUCUACUGUGGAGGAAGAGACGAACUCAAAUACUCUACAGGGGACUGAUUCCUACCACCCCCACAAUCCCACGAUGCACUGCUCCGGUGCUUCAGACAACAGAGAGCAGCAGCUAUGGUUCAGGUGAAGUUCCUUUCUUCGUGCCUCCUCAAUUCAAGAGAACAUCCCAAUUAAACGAGGGGAAAGAGGGAAGAGAGUGUGCGGAGGCAUGGGAACUCCAUCCGGAUCUGCACACCCAGCGAGGCUCUCUAACAGUAGGGAGUUGGUUUCCCCUGGGCUGCAUAAGGCCAGACCUGUACCAGCUCCCAGAGGAACCCAGUGAAUGGGCCCUUCCCGACGGCUCGGCGGUUCGCCUGUGGUUUGCUCUGCGGUACCAGCAGGAGAGAGAGCAGCUGGUGGUGUCUCUGCUCCGAGCCGCUAACCUGCCGGUUCAGUGCCAGAGUAACUCCACUCUGGUCAAACUGCAGCUGUUGCCAUCUGACGACCGACGACACCGGCAGGCCAAAGCACGGCGGAAAGGAUGUCAUCCGCAGUUCAACGACACCUUUGUGUUUCAGGUAUCUAAUGGCUGUGUUGACCAGUGCUCUCUGAAUAUGAGCAUGUACACUGUGGACCAUCAGAAGAAGCACCAUCUAGUGGGUCACGUACUGAUCCCCCUCAGACAUGCUGAAAUAAAGGAGGCAGCGGGCGAAGUGCAAUGGAGGGAUCUGGACAAUGAAAGUGAUCAGUCCCUCUCAAAAAAUGGUGACAUCCAGGUGUCUUUGAACUACAAUCAGUCCCUACACCGCCUCACUGUGGUUGUUUUACGAGCACGAGGGUUGCAGUGUUCCAGUGAUGCAGGUGUGUGUGCCCAGGUUUCUCUAAAGAUGCAUAAUCGAAUGGCAAGAAACAAAUGGACUUCUGUGGCAAAAGGAAAUUAUCCAUCCUUUAAUGAGAGGCUUACCUUCCGACUCCUCCCCAUUCAGCUCGACACAGCCUUUCUGACACUACAGCUUCAGCAGCCCAGCACAAAAGACCCUGUGUCGUUGGGGAUUGUGGUGAUUGGGCCGUUCAUGUAUGCAAGGGGCAGAGAACUGGAACACUGGAACGACAUGGUCAGCAAACCACAGGAGCUGGUCAGGCAAUGGCACCCACUGGGAUCCGCUGACACAGUACAGGGCCCUCACUGAACAACAUCCACUCAAUGCCAACCUCACUCACUCUCUUUGAAAAGAAUGACUUAUUUAAGGGGGAAGUGUUUUUUCAGAACAAGGCUGAUGUCAAAAAAUCAAAUGGAUUAAAAAAAAUUUAAAAGAAAAGGUUUAUUGAUAGCAUCAAUUUGUGAAUGUUUGCUUGUAAUGACGUCAUUUAAAAAUAAUAACAGUCCCAUCAGAACAUUUGUGUGAUGAUGCAGGAGGUAAAAUUACAAUCCAGUUGUACCACAGGGUUCCCACACUUUCACACCUCGACCUUUCCAGUUGUUAAUGAUGGAUAAGGAUUUUGUUUAAAAGCCAUUCUCCAAACCUCUUGUCCCCCACAGGGAUCACUAUUGAAUCGCUCAGUUUGAUUGAUUCAUUGAAAAGAGCCAAUUCAAAAGAACAAACUGGACAUACACAACGGUUCAAAAGAUUGGGGUCA